AUGCGAGGUCAGUCGGCAUUAACCGACCAGGAACAGCCUGGAAAACUCGUAUCCAGAGACCAGGAGGCCAACUUGGUUGCAUGGAAUCUUCGCCAAGAAUCUCUGGGUUACGCUCCGUCCCAGAGUCAAAUCCGCGCCUGCGUUGUUGCCGUUCUGAAACAGCAAGGCUGCGACUCAAGAUUGGGACGUCAUUGGGUAGAAAAGUUCAUUCAACGCCAUCCGGAACUUAGAAGCAAGGUCGGUAGGCGUCAGGAAGCCAACAGAUUCGACUCAUUUACUCCCAAAGCAGUGCACUGGUACUUUGACGUCAGGGAGAAGGAGUACGGGUGGAUCAAGCCGGAGAACACGGUAAAUGUUGAUGAAGGGGGGAUUAUGUCGGGCUUUGGUCUGGACAGUCUGGUGGUUGGAAGUUCGGACCCUAAACGGAAGACUCUUCUCAAGGGACCCCAGUCCCGCAGCUGGACCACUUUUAUAGAGGCCAUCACCGCCGACGGGCGCGCCUUGACUCCUGGCAUCAUAUUUAAGGGCAAAGAUCUCCAGGCACAGUGGUUUAAGGACGAGUUUCGAGAAUUUGCGGAUUGGAACUACAUAACUUCACCAAAUGGAUGGACGGACAACCACAUUGCCGUCGAAUGGCUUGAGGAAGUCUAUUUGCCUCAGACGCGGCCUGACGACGACUCUGAGGCCAGGCUUAUCAUCUGGAUGGACAUGGGAGUCAUUCAACGGUUCGUCCUUUGUUUUUAUGGCGAUGAGGCCCUGCUGAUUUGA